AUGAGUGCUCUUCGACCGGGAACGGCCACUCGCCUAAAAACAGCGCAAGCUCAAGCUACGCGCGGAAACACUGGUACCCGGCCGGGGACUAGAGGUGUAUCAGGCACCAGUGCCACAUUGAAUACGUCCGUCCGGGUGGAAGAUCGACCGAUAACUCAGCAAGGAUUGAGUGGCCUGAAGACUGCAGUACGUGGUUCGAGAAGACAAAUAGAGGACAAACCAUAUUUUCUCGGCCUACUCCGGGGCAAGAUUAAUGAAAUCAAUUCUGAGAUUGCCACAUUGACAAGGCAGGCAAUUGAAGCGGAAGAAGAGAAUGCAAGCUUUGUGCAAUAUGAACAGAUGGCAGAGAAAUUGGCUCUUGAAAUUAAGGAAUUACAGGGUGAAUUGGGAGACUACAAUACGUUGGUCGACAAAGCCACACUGGGAGAUGAUGCAUCCAACGUGGAACUAGACUGGGAGGAAUUGCGAUCCGCGAAUGAACGCGCGGAGAAAGCUUUGGAAACAUUAUUCGAGGAACGACAGAAUCGGGAACUGGCACUAAAGUCCAUUGAAAACGAACUGUCCCAGGAACAACAAAUGUCCGAAACUUUGAUCCAAGCGAUGGGAGAUGAGGAACAACAGAAGUACAUGCGUCUGCGUGAACUCAACGCUCAUUUAUUGACUCAACUUAACGAAGGACAGAAUCAGCUUGAACAGUUGGCGUCAAAGAAAGUGGAACUUGAAGGUGAUCUUUCAGCCUCACAGAUCAAACAAGAGGCAAUGCGCCUGUAUGCCCAGUUACACGAAGCCGAGGCUAGAUUGGAACAGUUGGUGGCUGAAACAGCCUCGCACGAGGAUCCGGGACAAGAGCGUGAACGCUUACUGAAACAGGUUCGGGAAGACAAUCAAGAAAUGGCCAGUAUGGAAAGACAGACUCGGGAAACACAGGAAAAAGUUUCUCAUCGGGAAGAGGAACUACGUUCGUUGGAGCAGGAACUAGACGACAGUCGAAGUGAAAGAGCACAAAAGUAUCGGGAACUACGGAAACGGGAACAACAAAUUGACGAGUUCCUGAAAACAUUUGAUGAAGUUAAAGCCUUGGAACACAGCAGCAUUGCGGAAUUGGAAGAGAAUAUCGUUCGAACAUUAGAAUCCAUCUCCAAAUAUCUGGUUCAACUUAGUCAAACCUGCACGGCAGCCGCUGCCAUCUCCACCAGUGGAAGUCAAGAAAACUCCCGCAAAGACGCCAUGAAUCAGUUAAGAGAGCAAUUACAGUUUAAAACGUCCGAGGUUUCGAAAUCUGAAGAGACUGCGCUCAUGUUACAGAAGGAACGAAAUCGACUCAGCCAGGACCUGGUAAAAGUCGACCAAUUGGAGGAGAAAGUGCUUCAGGAGAUGGAUACUUUACGAACUCGAAUUGCAAAAAUGGAGGAGGAGAUUGCCCUCUUUUCCGAUUUAGAUCGAGUGAAGGAAGAUGCAAAAUUCAAGCGGGAAACAUUCAUCGCGAACAAACGAGUCGAGACCGAUCACAGUGUGUUGGCCAAACGUGCUAUGGAACUGGUCAGAGCGUACAAUGAGAAGUUGAUGGCCGCUUUGGCAUCGAAACCGGUGGCACCUUGA